AUGGCCGCGCCGGCGGAGGAGCGGCUGCGGCAGCGGGUGGAGGAGCUGGAGCGGGAGCUGGCCCAGGAACGAAGCCGGCGGGCGCUGGGGGGCGGCGACGGAGGGGGCGGCCGCGCCCGCAUCGCGAAGAUGAGCCCGGAGGUGGUGGACUCCAACCCCUACAGCCGCCUGAUGGCAUUGAAACGAAUGGGAAUUGUAAGCGACUAUGAGAAAAUCCGUACCUUUGCUGUAGCAAUAGUAGGUGUUGGUGGAGUUGGUAGUGUGACUGCUGAAAUGCUGACAAGAUGUGGCAUUGGUAAGUUACUACUCUUUGAUUAUGACAAAGUGGAACUGGCCAAUAUGAAUAGACUUUUCUUCCAACCUCAUCAAGCAGGAUUAAGUAAAGUUCAAGCAGCAGAACAUACUUUGAGGAACAUUAAUCCUGAUGUUCUUUUUGAAGUACACAACUAUAAUAUAACCACAGUAGAAAACUUUCAACAUUUCAUGGAUAGAAUAAGUAAUGGUGGAUUAGAAGAAGGAAAACCUGUUGACCUAGUUCUUAGCUGUGUAGAUAAUUUUGAAGCUCGAAUGACAAUAAAUACAGCUUGCAAUGAACUUGGACAAACAUGGAUGGAGUCUGGGGUCAGUGAAAAUGCCGUUUCGGGGCACAUACAGCUUAUGAUUCCUGGAGAAUCUGCUUGUUUUGCGUGUGCCCCGCCACUUGUAGUUGCUGCAAAUAUUGAUGAAAAGACUCUGAAACGAGAGGGUGUUUGUGCAGCCAGUCUUCCUACCACUAUGGGCGUGGUUGCUGGGAUCUUGGUACAAAAUGUGUUAAAGUUUCUGUUAAAAUUUGGUACUGUUAGUUUUUACCUCGGAUACAAUGCAAUGCAAGAUUUCUUUCCUACUAUGUCCAUGAAGCCAAAUCCUCAGUGCAAUGACAAAAAUUGUAGGAAACAGCAGGAAGAAUAUAAGAAAAAGGUAGCAGCACUGCCCAAAAAGGAGGUUGUUCAAGAAGAGGAAGAAAUAAUACAUGAAGACAAUGAGUGGGGUAUUGAGUUGGUAUCUGAGGUUUCAGAAGAGGAACUAAAAAAUUCUUCAGGUCCAGUUCCUGACUUACCUGAAGGAAUUACAGUGGCCUAUACAGUUCCCCAACAGCAAGAAGAUUCUGUUCUUGAUGUAACAGUGGAAGAUUCUGGUGAAAGCUUGGAAGAUCUCAUGGCCAAAAUGAAGAAUAUGUAG